ACAACUGUAGCGCCAGCAGCGCUUUCAGGAUACUUUUGAGGUUAUGAGUAGUAGCGUCUAAGAGAGAUAUCUGUUUUCUUACUGAGCAUCGUAAGUUAAAGUAAUUAGUAAUGUUUAUUGCGAAUACACAUGAUCUUGUCGGUUACUGUAUAAAUAUGAAGAGCAUGAUGUGCGGAGUGACAUGUGGAAAUAUUAGUAUGUGAAAGAUCGAAAAUGCGACCGUAUGGAUCAAAAGAGUGGUAUUAGCGUUGUAUCUGUUUAGAUAAAGAUACACCAGAAACUUUGUUAGUCGGGGAAAUCGAAGAAAAUGCAUUGUCCGUGAUAAUACUGCGCCACAGCAUGGAAUUCGUCUGACGUCAAGUAAUCAAGCAGAUGAAGAGGUCACGAUUAUACUAAACUUUAUACAUUAUAAUACCGGAACAAUGACGAAUACACUUAUGCUGCAAUUUGCCCAACGGCUCAAGUCGAGGAAUGAAGAGGCGCGAAACAAGGCCGCGCGCGAUUUGUGCCUGUACGUGAAAAGGGAGCUGCGAGAAGCAUCGCAGGAGGAGAUCAUCUCCUUUAUGGAUGAUUUUAAUCAUCACAUAUUCGAGAUGGUGUCGGCUUCCGACGCGAACGAGAAGAAGGGUGGAAUAUUAGCCAUAGUUUGCCUUAUCGGUGCAGAAGUGGGUAACAUCAAUACGCGUACCGUGCGAUUCGCCAACUACCUUAGGAACUUGAUACCGUCGAACGAUGUGGGAGUCAUGCAGUUGGCCGCGAAGACUGUCGGGAAGUUAGCGCUAGUUUCAGGCACCUAUACAGCCGAAUACGUGGAGUUUGAGGUGAAACGUGCCUUCGAGUGGCUUGGCGCGGACAGACACGAAGGCAGGAAACACGCAGCUGUACUUAUUCUGAGGGAACUCGCUGUCUCCGUGCCGACGUACUUCUUUCAACAAGUUACGCCGUUUUUCGAGCUGAUAUUCAAUGCUAUACAUGAUCCCAAGCCCACCAUAAGAGAGGCCGCUGUGGAAGCUCUGCGUGCAGCAUUGGUGGUCACUGCUCAACGAGAGACUGCCAAACAGAUGCACAAGGCUCAGUGGUACAGGCAGUGCUACGACGAGGUAGUGGAUGGAUUUGCAGAGGUUCACACGAAGGAGAGGGGCAUUAAUAGAGACGACAGGAUACACGGCUCGUUGUUGGUGUUGAACGAGCUGUUGAGAUGCAGCAACGUGCAGUGGGAGAGGACCUAUGAGGCUCUAAUGGAGAGACUGAAUGGAUCCACGCAGAACGAGAACGACAUUCUCUCGUUGAUGCCGCGUCUGAAGACAACGAUAGUGUCGAAAUGGGCCGGCUCCACUCAGAACGCCUCUGGAUCUCAGCACACGUUGUGCCCGCCGCAAGAGUCGGCGGUUUGCAGGUGCUUGAUGCAAGAGAGACUGGACGACAUUUACAACGACGUGAUGAACCAGAAGAUGUCUCGAAAUCCGCACAUUCAGCACGCGCUCAUGAUGCUGUUGCCGCGACUAGCCGCAUUCAACAAGGAGAAAUUCAUAAAGGAACACCUGAAGGAGUCUUUGGGCUAUCUACUGAUGAUUCUGCGCAAUCGCGAGAAGGAUCGUUACGCCGCGUUCACAGCGAUCGGCUUCAUAGCCGUGGCGGUGGAGGACGCGAUCAAGCCGUACCUACCGAAGAUCAUGGAAGUGAUCAAGAGUUUAUUACCGUCUAAGGAAACGCCCAGUAAAAAGCGCACCUCCUUAGAGCCCGCCGUGUUCGUCUGCAUCACUUUGUUGAGUCACGCGGUCAAGCAAGUCAUAGCUCCUGAUGUGAAGGACCUACUGGAGCCUAUGUUCACGACGGGACUAAGUCCGAUCUUGACUACUGCCCUUCGAGAACUGGCGCACAAUAUUCCAUCUCUGCAAGUGGAUAUAUCUCAGGGUCUGCUUCGAAUGCUGUCCCAAGUUCUCAUGCAGAAGCCACUGAGACAUCCCGGAGCUCCGUGGACAGCGACCAGUCCUAAUUCUACGUCAGAUGACGUCUCCUCAACAGUGCUCGCCUUGAAGACCCUAGGCACUUUUAAUUUCGACAACAAUCCGUUGUUGCAGUUCGUGAAAAGAUGCGCGGACCAUUUCCUGAUGUCGGAACAGGCCGAGGUUCGAUUGGAGGCUGUGAAAACGUGCUCCAGGCUAUUGAGAUUGACGCUGAAUCAGUCCGGUCCCACGGUCACCAAUACCGUCUCGAAUGUUUUAGGUAAAUUACUGGUGGUAGGCAUCAACGACACAGACCCCGACGUGCGCCUGUGGGUGUUAGCUUCGUUGGACGACUCCUUCGACGUACAGCUGGCGCAAGCAGAGAACUUGUCCGCCUUGUUCAUCGCCAUGAACGACGAGAUGUUCGAGAUACGAGAACUAGCGGUUCGCACUGUCGGACGACUCAGCACUCUGAAUCCUGCUUACGUCAUGCCGUCGUUGCGGAAGACUCUGGUGCAUUUUCUCACGGAGCUGGAACACUCGGGAAUGGGUCGUAACAAGGAGCAAGCCGCCCGAAUGUUGGACCACCUGGUCGUCACGUCGCCGAGACUCGUUCGGCCGUACAUGGAGCCGAUCUUGAAGGUCCUCGUCCCGAAACUGAAGGAGCCCGACCCCAAUCCGGGUGUGAUACUGGCUGUUUUGCGCGCGAUCGGCGAUCUAGCAGAGGUGAACGGUGCCGAGAUGCAGCAGUGGAUGCCUGAGCUCUCGUCGAUACUGCUGGAGAUGCUGGUAGACGCCAGUUCGCUCGAGAAACGAGGCGUAGCGUUGUGGGUGUUCGGCCAAUUGGUCGGCAGUACGGGCCACGUUGUGAAACCGUACAUGCAGUAUCCGUCUUUGCUGGACGUUCUCAUCAACUUCCUGAAGACCGAACAACAACCGAUCAUCCGGCGAGAGACCAUCAGAGUGCUCGGUCUGUUAGGUGCGUUAGAUCCGUACAAGCAUAAGAUGAAUCUCGGACAGAUUGAUUCGCAGUUGGACACGCUGAGUUCGAUGGCCGACGCCAAGAGCGACGUGGAGAACACUCAGGAUUUGACCACCAGCGAAAUGCUAGUGAACAUGUCGCCGUCCACGUUGGAGGAGUUCUAUCCGGCAAUCGCCAUCACGACGCUCAUGCGAAUUAUUCGCGAGCCAACUCUUAUCCAACAUCACACCAUGGUGGUGCAAGCCGUGACCUUCAUAUUCAAAAGCCUCGGGAUCAAGUGCGUGCCCUACAUCUCUCAAGUAAUGCCAAGCUUCCUGAACGUGGUGCACACGGCCGACGUGAAUUUCCGCGAGUUCCUGUUCCAACAGCUGGCCGUCCUCAUCGCCAUCGUAAAGCAGCACAUACGCAACUACCUGGACGACAUAUUCAACUUGAUCAAGGAAUUCUGGAUCGCGAACAGCCCAUUGCAGAGCACGCUGAUCUUGCUGGUCGAGCAGAUCGCCGUGGCCUUGGGCGCGGAGUUCAAAAUCUAUUUGCCGCAGCUGAUGCCGCCUAUAUUGAGAGUACUGACGCACGACACCAGCAAGGAUCGCGCGGUGACGGUAAAGCUACUCUUAGCCUUGCAGACGUUCGGCAGCAAUCUCGAUAAUUAUUUGCACCUCGUUCUGCCGCCGAUUGUGAAGCUGUUCUACGCAAACGACUGUCCGAUAGCCGUGAACAAGGUCGCUCUCGAAACGGUCGAUUUACUAGCCGACACGCUGGACUUCAGCGACUUCGCAUCGCGAAUCGUUCACACUUUAGUACGAACAUUGGACCAAUGCCCCGAUCUGAGGAACACCGCCAUGGACACGCUCUGCGCUGUCGUGAUGCAACUGGGCAAGAAAUAUCAGAUCUUCAUUUUGCUGGUGCAGAAGGUUAUGACGAAGCACAAGAUAGUGAACUCGCGCUAUGACGUCCUCGUGGACAAGAUCCUCACCGACACGACCGUAGCGGACGGUGAGGAUUUCCUGUUGAUGAGGCUGCGACACUCGCGGAAUAAGAAUCGCGAGCUCUCGCUGACACCCUCGGAAACUACGACAAUCAAGAGAUUGCACGUGUCGGCCUCGAAUUUACAAAAAGCGUGGACGGCGACGCGCAGAGUGUCGAAGGACGAUUGGCUCGAGUGGUUGCGCUGCUUCUCCAUUGGUUUGCUCAAGGAAUCCCCGUCCCCGGCUCUGAGAUCUUGCUGGGCACUCGCGCAAACGUACGCCGUGCUGCCUCGCGACCUAUUCAAUGCCGCUUUUGUCUCGUGUUGGACCGAAUUAAACGAUACGUAUCGCACGGAGCUGAUACAGACUCUGCAUCAAGCGUUGAUGGUGCCCGAGUUGCCCACGGAGAUCACGCAGACCAUCUUGAACUUGGCCGAGUUCAUGGAGCACUGCGACAAAGGUCCGUUGCCGUUGGACAACAAGAUCCUAGGUGACACGGCGAUGCACUGUCGCGCCUACGCCAAGGCGCUGCACUACAAAGAGGACGAAUUUCAUAAGAACCGAAGCAGCAGCGUGUUCGAGUCUCUGAUCUCCAUCAAUAACAAGUUGCAACAAAAGGAAGCGGCUGAAGGUCUUCUGGAGUACGUGAUGAAUCAACAUAAUCAGCAAGAUCUCAAGGUUCAGAUACGCUGGUACGAGAAGCUUCACAAUUGGGAUAAAGCGUUGCAGUUGUACCAGGAACGUCUAGAGAGCGACGCCGCGGAUGUGGAAUCCACUUUGGGCGAGAUGCGUUGUCUAGAGGCUCUCGGCGAGUGGGGCCAGCUGCACGAGGUCGCCACGAAACAUUGGACGAAUCAAACUGACGAGACCAAGCAGAGGAUGGCGAGAAUGGCAGCGGCCGCGGCGUGGGGUCUAGGUCAAUGGGAAUGUAUGCAGCAGUACGUCUCGUUGAUACCGAAAGAUACUCAGGACGGAGCGUUUUACAGGGCGGUAUUGGCUAUCCACGACGAACAGUACAACACCGCGCAUCAGCUCAUCGAUAGCGCGAGAGAUAUUCUCGACACCGAACUAACAGCAAUGGCCGGAGAAAGUUAUCAGCGUGCAUACAACGCCAUGGUGGAGGUGCAAAAGUUAGCAGAAUUGGAAGAGGUGAUACAGUUCAAGCUGGUGCCAGAACGGAGGACAGCCAUCAAAGCCAUGUGGUGGGAGAGGCUUCAAGGUGGGCAGAGGAUAGUGGAGGAUUGGCAGAAGAUAAUACAAGUGCACACACUAGUGGUUUCACCUCAGGACGACAUGUACACAUGGUUGAAGUACGCGAGUCUCUGUAGAAAAAGUGGUAGCUUGAUGCUGUGUCACAAAACGCUGGUAAUGCUGUUGGGCGUUGAUCCUUCCUUAAGUCCUGAUCAGCCUCUGCCAACGACACAUCCUCAGGUGACUUUCGCUUACUGCAAGCAUCUGUGGGUCGGGAACAAACGCGAGGAGGCUUAUAAUCAGCUGCAACGUUUCGUGCAGACGUAUUUGCAGUCGACCACCGCGGGCAUAGUGAAUCAGGACGACGAAAAACAGCAUGAGAGCAAGAAGAGACUGCUCGCCAGAUGUUACCUCAAACUUGGCGAAUGGCUGGAGGCGUUGAAAGGCAUAAACGAGCACUCGAUACCCGCAGUGUUGUCUUACUAUGCCGCGGCGACACAGCACGAUCCAACGUGGUACAAAGCGUGGCACGCCUUCGCUUAUACGAAUUACGAGACCGUACUGUUCUAUAAACAUCAGGACGACUCCGCCAUAGAAACCGCGCCUGGUAAUGGAACGCGCAAUAAUCUCUCCAGCUCGCAGUACAUAUCGCAGUUCACCGUACCGGCUGUGAAGGGCUUCUUCAAAUCCAUCAACUUGUCGGACGGCAACUCGCUGCAAGAUACUUUACGUUUGCUGACACUCUGGUUUGACUAUGGCCAAUGGCCGGAGGUAUACGACGCAGUCGUCGAGGGCAUAAGGCUAAUAGAGAUAAACACUUGGCUGCAAGUGAUUCCACAACUCAUAGCCAGGAUCGACACACCCAGGACCUUGGUCGGCCACUGCAUACACCAUCUUCUUAUUGAUAUAGGAAAGUCGCAUCCUCAGGCUCUGGUUUAUCCGUUGACAGUAGCCUCGAAGAGUGCCAGCCACGCGAGAAAGAACGCGGCCAAUAAGAUCCUGAAAAGCAUGUGCGAACACAGCCCGACUUUAGUCCAGCAAGCCAUAAUGGCGAGCGAUGAGCUCAUCAGAGUCGCUAUUCUGUGGCACGAACUGUGGCACGAAGGCUUGGAAGAAGCUAGUAGAUUAUAUUUCGGAGAGAGAAACGUCAGGGGCAUGUUCGAUACGUUAGAACCUUUGCAUGCAAUGCUCGAGAGAGGACCACAGACUCUGAAAGAGACCUCUUUCAACCAAGCGUACGGGAGGGAUCUGAUGGAGGCGCAGGAGUGGUGCCACAGGUACAAAGCGUCGCGAAACGUCAGGGACUUGAAUCAAGCUUGGGACUUGUAUUAUCACGUGUUCCGGAGGAUAUCCAGACAACUGCCACAAUUGACCAGUUUAGAAUUGCAAUACGUCAGUCCGAAACUGCUUCUCUGCAGGGACCUGGAGUUGGCUGUACCGGGCAGCUACAGUCCUGGCCAGUCGAUUGUGAGAAUCGCGAGUAUUCAUAGUUCUAUGCAAGUAAUAACCAGUAAACAACGACCAAGGAAGUUGUGCAUCAAAGGCAGCAACGGUAAGGAUUACAUGUUCUUGUUGAAAGGCCACGAGGAUUUGAGGCAAGACGAAAGAGUGAUGCAGCUGUUCGGCCUAGUGAACACUCUUUUAUUACACGAUCCGGACACUUUCCGCAGAAACCUCACCAUUCAAAGAUACGCUGUGAUCCCAUUGUCUACGAACAGUGGACUUAUUGGCUGGGUACCACAUUGUGAUACGCUUCAUACACUCAUAAGGGAUUACAGAGAGAAGAAGAAGAUAUUACUCAAUAUUGAGCACAGGAUAAUGUUACGGAUGGCACCCGACUACGAUCAUCUCAUGCUCAUGCAGAAGGUCGAAGUGUUCGAACAUGCUCUCGAGCACACGCACGGCGAUGACUUGGCGCGGCUGUUGUGGCUGAAGUCGCCGUCAAGCGAGGUGUGGUUCGAUCGCAGGACGAAUUACACGCGAUCUUUGGCUGUGAUGUCCAUGGUGGGCUACAUACUCGGUCUCGGUGACCGCCACCCGUCUAACUUGAUGCUGGACCGUCUCAGCGGGAAGAUAUUGCACAUCGACUUCGGCGAUUGCUUCGAGGUGGCGAUGACGCGUGAGAAGUUCCCGGAGAAGAUACCGUUCCGCUUGACGCGAAUGCUGAUCAACGCGAUGGAGGUGACCGGUAUCGAGGGAACGUACAGAAGGACUUGCGAGUCAGUGAUGUCUGUGUUACAUCGGAACAAAGACAGUCUGAUGGCAGUUUUAGAGGCGUUCGUUUACGACCCUCUUCUGAAUUGGAGAUUAAUGGACAACGCGGUGCAGAAGGGAAAACGGUCGGAUGCUCAGGGUAUGAGCGCCAGCAGCAGCCAGGAGCACGGAGACAUGCUCGAUUCGCUGACCGCCACUUUACCAAAGAAGGGCGUACCAUGUAGCAUCGAAAAUGGAGGUGAUAAUAAUCAACCAGAAGCGCUGAAUAAAAAAGCUCUCGCGAUCAUAGUGAGAGUCAGAGAUAAAUUAACUGGACGCGAUUUUUCGCACGAAGAGACUCUCAGCGUUCGACGACAAGUGGAUCUCUUGAUCCAGCAGGCCACGAAUAACGAGAAUCUUUGUCAAUGUUACAUCGGAUGGUGCGUAAUUGUUCAUAGCAUUUUGGCUAUUUGCCUCUUUAUUUGUUACGAACAUAUUCAUUAUUUUAUGAUACAUUUAAUUUUUCAACACUAUAUAUGUAUUAACAACUUGCUUAUAGCUUAUUUUAGCGUGUAAGAGACGUUUGCAUGAUGUAAAUUGUAUAGAAAAAUGUUCACGGACAUAAACUUUGUUAUUACGCGUUGCAGGUGUCCCUUUUGGUAAAUGCAAGCCUAUCAUCAAGAUGACAUCUCGUACAUGUGCAAUCGUCCGCUUCUGCAUUUAUAAUGUUACGAAAUUAUCUUUAAUUUUACAGUGAUCGUAUGUAUGAUGUACAUAUAUGACCUAUUAUUAUAUGAUUUACAUGUGAUAGUAAUAGUCGAUUAUAAUAAGUAGAAUGUAUAUUAGAGCGUAUUGUGUAUAUUACAAACGUUUGGUUGACAGUUAA